CCGCGGAGUUGGUCAGUAGCUGCUCGGCAUGGCGUCCGCCCGUUCCACGCUGGCGACAGCUCUGCUGUCCGUCGCCUGUGGUCAGAUUAUCUUCGAUGGAGAUCAUCAGCUGGGGCGUCAACUGGUGAGAGAUUGCGGCGUGGCCCAGCCCAGCGGAAUAUUUUCCCCUUCACUUACUACUCGUCUUCGCCGCAGCACUUCACUGCUUUCCCCAAAGACGGCAGAUCCAGGACUUAACGUCUCUACCGUUGUCGGUGGUCAGAACGUGCAGCAAGAGCUGGGCCGCUGGCCGUGGGUCGCGCUGCUCGAAGAGCGACUCGACGGACAGCGCCGCUGGAACUGCGGCGGCACGCUCAUCUCGGCUCGCACCGUGCUGACGGCGGCCCACUGCGCGGUCGGCCGGCAGCCCUCUGACCUGACCGUCCGGCUGGGGGAGCACGACCUCUCCAGAACCAACGACGGACGGCACGUGGAUGUCUCCGUGGCGCGCAUCACGAUCCACCCGGGCUACGUGGGUAAGCAGAACGACAUCGCGCUGCUGCAGCUCAGUCGGCCGGUGACGUUCAGCCGCAGGAUCCAGCCGGUCUGCCUGCCGGCCGUCGACGCCAGCCACACGGGCAAGACGGCCGACCUGGCCGGCUGGGGGCGCACCGAGUUCAACGGCCAGGCCUCGGACGUACUGCAGGAGGCGCGACUGCGCGUGGUAAACGUCAGUCGCUGCGAGCAGGCGUAUGAGCAACUGUUAACGUUCGAUCGCGACUUCCCCGGCGGAUUUCAGGGCACCAAACUGUGCGCCAGCAGUGCCGACGGAACGCCCAAGGACGCGUGUCAGGGCCACUCGGGAGUGCCUCUGGUGUACAGAACCACUGGGAUAGAGCGCCGCUACCAGGUGAUCGGAGUCGUAUCCACAGGACUGGGCUGCGGCAACCCCAAAUACCCCACCAUCUACACGAAGGUCUCCAAGUACAUUGCGUGGAUAUUUAACAACAGUAGUUAAUAAGAUCUGAUGACAAGUAGUAUUGUUAUGGGAUAAACAAUGGGAACUAUUUUUUUAUGAUAUUUUUUAAGAAUGGCUACAUGUGUUUCGACAAAAUAUGUUUUUCUAGCCUUAAUAUCCAAUUACCAAUAAUUAAAACAUUGGCCUAAUUGCACAUCAUAAAAUUGAAUAAUGUGACAUAACAGAUAGUAAAUUCGUUCAAAGAAACAUGUCGUGCCUUACGAAGGGGCGUUUCAAGCUAUAUCUAGGGCACUGGACAUCAAUAACGUUCACCCAAAGAUACAAUUUACCUGCGAAGACGAAGAAAACGGUACGCUAGGAUUUUUGGACACGCGUAUUCGGAACCGGGGAAUUUUGUUUUAAGAUGGUGCUCUCUUUGACCUAAAGUGUUUGCGGAUCUUCUGUUGUGUCGAACCGACCGACUUAACCUGCGAAAGCAUAAUAUCAAGAGUUUUGCUU